GGAGCGGCGCGGGGUGAUGGAGCCGCGGGCCCUCGCCGCCCGCGCGCCGGUACGCAGCGCCCGCUGAGGCCCGGCCGCCGCCGCUGUAGCGCGGCCGCCCCCCGCCGCCGCCUCCUCCUCCCGCCGCCGCCGCCGCCGCCCGCCCACCCCCGGGAAAUGGCCACCGAGCCCCCGCGGCCGGCGCCGCCCGCGGCGGGGCGCCCCGAGGGCGGGUGCGGGCGCUGCGCGGGCGGCGAGGCGGAGGAGGCCGCGGCCCAGCCGGCGCUCGGCGCCUCCCCGGGCCCCGCGGCGGCAGCGGCGGCGGCGGGGGGCGGCCGGCGGCGGGGGCUGAACGGCUGCGUGCCGCUGUCGCACCAGGUGGCGGGGCACAUGUACGGCAAGGAUAAAGGCGGCAUACUGCAGCAUCCAGAUGGGACUGUCCUGAAGCAGUUGCAGCCACCACCUCGUGGUCCCAGGGAGCAGGAGUUCUACAACAAGGUUUAUGACUCCGACUGUUGCGACAGCAUUCUUCUGGAGCUGCGGGAAUAUCUGCCAAAAUACUUCGGUGUCUGGUCACCACCUACUGCACCAAAUGAUACGUAUCUAAAACUGGAAGAUGUGACCUGUAAGUUUAAUAAGCCUUGCAUAAUGGAUGUAAAAAUAGGUCAGAAAAGUUACGAUCCGUACGCUUCAGCUGAGAAGAUACAGCAGCAGGUCAGCAAGUACCCGCUGAUGGAGGAGAUUGGCUUUCUCGUACUUGGCAUGAGGGUUUACCAUGUCUCUUCAGACAGCUAUGAGACACAAAACCAGCACUACGGAAGGAGCUUGACAAAGGAAACAGUAAAGGACGGCAUCUCCAAGUUUUUCCACAAUGGGUACUGCUUGAGAAAAGACGCAAUAGCUGCCAGCAUCCAGAAGAUUGAAAAAAUUUUGGAGUGGUUUGAGGGCCAGAAGCAACUCAACUUUUAUGCAAGCUCGUUACUGUUUGUUUAUGAAGGUUCAUGUCAGGCAACAACUGUGAGGUUGAGUGAUGUCACCUUGGCAGAGAAGAGAGGAGUGCCCAAAGGACUGUUAUCAGGUGGAGACAUACUGGAGUAUAAUAAUAAUAUUCACGUAAUAAAUUCUACAGAGAAUGGAAAAAUUGAGGCCUCUGUAAGUAAAGGCUUGUCCAAAUUUUAUGCACUUCACAAAAAGGCAUAUUCUAAGAGGCACCACAGCCAACUCUCACUAAAAGUUGAAAACUUGGAGCAAGACAACGUGUGGAAAAGCAGCACGUGCAUUACACAGGAGCAUCUGAACGGAAACGUUAUACCCCAACUGGAAAAAGUUUUCUGUCACAUGCCAGCGGAGAUCAAGGAAAGCGCGGAUGUUGAAGUCCGAAUGAUAGAUUUUGCUCACGUGUUUCCUAGCAACACAAAGGAUGAGGGCUACAUUUAUGGUCUGAAGAACUUAAUCACAGUACUUCAAAAUAUUUUGGAUAACUAAAUUCUUUGCUAUGGUUUUUACUGGGGGCCAAUGAUAAAGAAGAGCAACAACAUGAAGAAUUUCUGCACUUGUAAUGCUGUAUAACUGGUUUUGUAUUGUUCUAUAUUUUAUUUGUCUUUGUACUUUUGGUAGAAGGGUUUAACUUUUUAUAAUCUCACUCAGGAAAAUAAUUGAUAGUUAAUUAGGGCGUGUGAAAGGAUGAAGAUGCUUGAGAUUAAGCAGGAUAGGUAAAUUAGGCGGAUGAAAUGCAUAUGGUUGGCUUCAAUCCGAGGAGUACAGUUGAACAAUAAGAAAGGGUUAUGUUAGUUCCCAUAAUGACUUUAGAGUAGAUAACAUUUGCCCACUUAGCCUUGAUACUGAGCCGUAUCUCCAAUAACAGUUUUUUAGAAAAUGGACUGAAAACUAUGAAGUGCAGGAUUGAUGUCCUCGGUACUGCCCUCUUGUGUUUACGGUAUUUAAAUAACUGGAGUUCACCCUACUUGGAGAGAAACCCCAUUCUGAGUCAGUAGGCUAACCUGGAAGCCAGCGUAUCAAAACGUGCUUUUCAAUGUCACGGGAGGAUGUUGCUGUUAUCUCAGCGUUGGUGCGGGCGCUGCCCCGCUUGGCGGUUGUGGGUAGCUGAUGUUCACCACAGACAAGCUACGACGUAGUUUGCGUUGAGGUGCUAAGAAAAUGCUGGAGUAAAAUUUGGUAACAGGCUUAAACUGCACAACUGCUAGAGAAGCUGUUUGUUUCUAAGGAAGAGUAAAAAUGCAAAUGCGAGAUGUUCCAGGAACUAAUUUGGUUUAGAAGAUUAAGUCAAUCUGUUAAUGGAGUGUUUGAUGCUGUGACUAAGGGAAAUGCCUCACUCCUUUGUUCUGAUGGCCCUUCUCCAAAAACAUUGCUUUAAAAGCAAACUAAUUGAAUGGGGAAACAAAGCAUUUUGAGUAAGCGUACAGAGAUUUCCUCUAGCCGUUUGCCCGCUUGUAUUUUUGCAACAAGCGUUUCACAUUUCCACCGCUGGGGAGCGUCGACUGGAAACCACGAGGAGCAAUGCAGGUGAAGGACCCUUUACUGCGAAAAGAUCGAGUCCAGCCCUGGAACAACCAGACGUACCUCUGUUUGUCAUUCACAAUGGAGUUGUGGCUCUCUUACCCUGGGCUAAAGCCGGCUCUUUUUGUUUUGUUUUGUGUGUUUUUUUUUUCAAUGACAUCCAGGCAAGCUGUGUAAUUUGAAAGUUGUCCGACUUCCUUCUUUUCUAAAGCUUUCAUAUGGAAUAUUUGAGAUCAGGUUGGUGUAUGCAAAGCAUUUUUGGUGUGUCUCUGCUGUAUGUGGUGUGCGUGGCUGUCCUACCAAGCCUGUAUAGUCAGCUAUAUGAAAAGUCAGGAGGGAGAAGUCUUGCCGUACACAGAGCAAGACUUUAAUGCUUUAAGCAACCCCCAGAAGUAAAACUUCCAGAAUGGAUUUGGUCAUUGGAAAUGUACAUCUUUUACACAUGGAUUCAGUAUGAUGCUGGCCUUGCUGCUCUCUCUGUGCGAUGGUCUGCACUACGCACUCAUUUGUGCACAUGGCUUUGCAAGUUCUCAGUUUGACAGGUGCUUUCUAAAUCAGAAAGUGAUAAAUACUUUUUUAAACAAAUAUGCUGUUUUAAAUAAAGCUGAAAUUUUAGCUCUGUGAGAACCCAGGUUAAUUGGAAGAAACAGGGUAUUUCCUGUAGAACUACAUAGUUUAAACUUUAGAGCUUAUAUUGGCCAAUAGGUUCAAGAAUGAAACCAAUCUGUUAGUAACAUCAUGUUUUUGAAGCAUAGGAAAAGGCACUUGCUGGGGGUGGGGGGCAGUAUCAUCUUUUUGUAAAUUUUAUGCAAAUUAUGGUGAAGGCUGAGGGGGAAAUAUCAGGAAAAUAAAGUAUUUUUUUUCUACCUGGUAUUUCCAGCGCAUCAUAUAGUUAAUAUAUUCCCAACUCUCUGUGAAUUAAUUUAAGCCAUAUUCUAGGAAGAGUUUGUGGUUUUGUUUGCUUUGAUGCUGGCUUCUCUGUUAGGACUUUGUUGUUCUGUCCCGUGAAUAGUGAACACUAGAGUAGUCCAGGCCAGUAGUGGCCUGGUAUGAUAGAGUCACAAAGUUUUAUACAAACAUUUAUACAUCUGAAUUUUUGUCCUCUGUAAUUCAUCUCUUUUGGAUUUUAAUCCAUUUUGUGCCAGAGAAAUCAGACGUCUGCCUCAAAGGAGUCAGUUAUUGGAAAAUGACCUGUAUGCUCUUAGUAUAAGCGCAUUCUCCUGUCUCUGCUUUAAGAUAUACGUCUUCAGUGUUUGAAUGCUCUUUAUUGAUUGUUGUGUUGACUAUGGCUGUGUUUGUAAUGCACCUGGAAUAUUGUUAAACUGUCAGAAUAUUUUGAAUAAAAAAAAUAAAAUAAUUUUAUGAUGUUUUUUUACCGGUAGUUAUUAUGGAUGUAUUUCUGUUAAUUUAAAAUGUAGCUUGAGAGAUAACAGUAUUUUUAAUUGGAAGUUGUGUAAAUAAAGCUUGCUGUAGAGGUG